UGAGGGGCUUCGGGAUGCACCGUGCUCCCCAGGCCCGGUGGGGCCACAGGGGCCCCUGGGUCUCAGAGGCACUGGGGAUCCUGGCUCUGAUGCUCUGUAGUGGCUCAGGCCAUGGGGACUAUUCUCCUGAGGAGGGCGCCCUCGCCGAGAACGGGCCUGGAGGCGCAGUGGGCGAAGAGCCCAAGCAACCGGCAGGGUUCAGCGAGGAAGGACAAGCCAUCCCUGUCUUCAUCCAUAUGGACACCGAGUACUCCCUGCCCUGUAGCCCGAAGGAGAUGCAUGUGGAGAACCCCACCUACCGGUGGGCCCGGAACAAGCUAGAGUCCAAUCUCCUCUUGGUCGAUGCCCGGGGAGCCCUCACCUUCCAGCACUUCCAGGGGGGCAGCAGUGGGAAUUACUCCUGCACCGUCUCCUAUACAGAGCACAAACGCCCGAGGGCGCAAACCUUCCACUACACAGUCCAGGCCUACCACGUGCGCGGCGGCCUGGAGGCCCUGCUCGUCUUCCGGAGCCGGCUGUGCCAGGAGGCGCUGAAGCAGAGAUUCCUGUGGUCCCUGCAGGAGGCCCUGAGCCGGGUGGCCUCCGCCCAGCACUGCCGGCUGGUGCUCAGCAAGUCCUCCUGCUUCCCCACCCUGCAGGAGCCCUGGGAUGAGUUCAACCUCCAGGUACAAUUCCAAGUCUCCCCCUUUGGGCCAGAGUGGGAUAAAUCCUGCAACCCCCACAACCAGACAACGGUGAUAGACUGUUACCACACAGCUGUCAGGAACAACGUGCUGCAGGCCAAGCUCGCCAUGACCAGGUUCCUUGGGGAGCACGGGCCCUUCCCCAUCACCGGGGCCGGUGCCCCUCGCACCAUCUUCACCAACCGCUUCACCAGCUUCCUGAAGAUGGAGCGCUGUGCAAGAGGCUACGGGCUGUCCCUGAGUGUGAUAACACCAGCCCUGCCCCCCAUCUCUACCUGCCCCGUGCCAAGCGGAUGA